AGGAUGGGAAAGAUGGCGUCGUCGUUGUGAAGGGCCGCCUCGCCACUCGUCCGCUCCUCCGCUGGGCCGGCCUGGGCGCCGGCUCCUCCCGGCCGGGAUGUUCUCGGCGCUCAAGAAGCUGGUGGGCUCGGAGCAAGGCCCCGCUCGGGAGAAGCCCAUCCCGGCGGGCCUGCAGUCCAUGAACCAGGCGCUGCAAAGGCGCUUCGCCAAGGGGGUCCAGUAUAAUAUGAAAAUCGUCAUCCGGGGCGACCGCAACACGGGCAAGACCACCUUGUGGCACCGCCUGCAGGGCAAGGCGUUUCUGGACGCCUACGUCCCCACGCAGGAAAUCCAGGUCACCAGCAUCCACUGGAACUACAAGACCACCGACGACAUCGUGAAAGUCGAGGUGUGGGACGUUGUCGACAAAGGCGUGGCAGGCAAGUGCAAGCGGCGUGGUGACGGGCUCAAGCUGGAGAACGACCCCCAGGAGGCUGAGGCGGCGAUGGCCCUCGACGCCGAGUUCCUGGACGUCUACAAGAACUGCAAUGGCGUCGUCAUGAUGUUUGACAUCACCAAGCAGUGGACUUUCAACUACAUCCUCCGUGAACUGCCCAAGGUGCCCAACCACGUCCCCGUCUGCGUGCUGGGCAACCACCGGGACAUGGGGGAGCACCGGGUCAUUUUGCCCGACGAUGUCAGGGACCUCAUCCGCAAGAUCGACAGGCCCCCCGGCGCCUCGUACGUCCGCUAUGCCGAGUCCUCCAUGAAGAACAGCUUCGGCCUCAAGUACCUGCACAAGUUCUUCAACAUCCCCUUCUUACAGCUGCAGAGAGAGACACUCCUUCGGCAGCUGGAGACCAACCAGUUGGACAUUGACGCCACCCUGGAGGAGCUGUCGGUGCAGCAGGAGACGGAGGACCAGAACUACGAGAUCUUCUUGGAAGCCAUGGAAUCCCGCGGCCGGGGUGCCGCCUCUCCGGCCCCCAACGGGCAGAGCCCGUCGCCGGGACCUCAGUCACCUGCCGAAAACAGUCCAGGCACGCCCGCAGAGCCCCUUCCGCCCGAGGUCGCAGCUGCCCCGCCGCCCCGCCGCAGCUUCAUCUCACGGAUCUUCGGGGCCACACCGGAGGGGCCACCAGUGCCGGACCCCUCCACCCCGCCGGCACCGACGGUUGAGGACUUUGCCCCGGAUGACGGCCUGGAGGGCGGGUUCCUGGAGGACCCCGCGCCGCCGACAGACAGCAGCCACCGGGAUGCUCCCAGGAGCCCGGCCCUCGGCUUGCCGCUGGAAGGUACAGCGCCGCCCCUCGGCAAAGACAGGGCGCUCUCAAGCGAGGACGAUGACAACCGGCCGACUGCCUUUGCCAUCCUGGGGGACGAAGACAUCGCGCCGGACCUGGAGGGGAAGAAAUGCCCUCCCUCCCUUCAUUUAAGGCCGUCCCCCGAAUUGGCACAGACCCCGGCGGACCUUUCCGGCCCCCCCGCCCCGGACACUGCCGCUCUCCAACGGGACCCCGGCGCCCCCCGGGCCAAGGGCGAGGAGUCGGAGAGCGAGCCCGAAGGGCCGGUGGCGGCGCAGAUGCUCUCCUUCGUCAUGGACGACCCCGACUUUGAGAGUGACGUGUCCACUGGCGAGAAGGCAGCCAGGGGUGACGAGUUCCCCGUGCUCUCGGACCUCUCGGAUGCCUCGGACCGUGAAGGCCCCCCCCUGCCCCCCCAGCCCGCCCUCCCCUCCUUCAAGCCGAAGAACGAGGCGGAUCUCUUUGGGCUGGGCCUGGAAGAACCGCGGCGCAAGGAAAGCAGCGAGGAAGAUCAGGACAAGCCGCCUUCCAAGGAGAAGAAGAAGAAGAAGAAGCAGCGGAGCAGCAAGGAGGAUGAGAAGUCGGUGAGGAAGAAGAGCCGGCCGAAAAAAGGCAAGGUGGAAGAGGACGACUCGAGGCGGAAGAAGGCGCGGGGCAAGGCCAAGGGCAGCGCCAUCGACGAGCUGGAGGCUUUCCUGGGGGGCGGGGCGGGGGGCAAGGCCCGGGGGGGCGGAGACUACGAGGAGCUGUAGCUCCACCCCCUCGACGGGAGGCUCCUCCCAACCUAGGGAACUCCUUCCGCCAGGAAGGCCCGCCCCCACCUUGACGGACGCAAUUUUUGUACGAGACGGACAGACGGAUUCACCCGGCGGGGGG